CACAACAUACAAGAUCCUCAGAAACGUUCACAGCAUACAAGAUCCUUAGCAACGUUCACAGCAUACAAGAUCCUUAGCAACGUUCACAGCAUACAAGAUCCUUAGCAACGUUCACAACAUACAAGAUCCUUAGCAACGUUCACAACAUACAAGAUCCUCAGAAACGUUCACAACAUACAAGAUCCUUAGCAACGUUCACAACAUACAAGAUCCUCGGAAACGUUCACAACAUACAAGAUCCUCAGAAACGUUCACAACAUACAAGAUCCUCAGAAACGUUCACAACAUACAAGAUCCUCAGAAACGUUAACAACAUACAAGAUCCUCAGAAACGUUCACAACAUACAAGAUCCUCAGAAACGUUCACAACAUACAAGAUCCUCAGAAACGUUCACAACAUACAAGAUCCUCAGAAACGUUCACAACAUACAAGAUCCUCAGAAACGUUCACAACAUCAGCAGGACAUUAUAACAUACAAGAAUAAUGGAAAAAAGUCAAGGACCCCAAUGGAAAUAAGUCACUUUUGAAUUUUUGGGGUUAUCCUAGAUAACUUACACAUGUUACUAAGUAUGAUGAUAAUUGCAUUUAUGUGCACCGGUACCUAAAUAAACUUAUUAACAUCACAACAUUUGCAAGACCUCCACAGCAUCGUAAGAGACUCCCAGGAUUCCCAGGUCCUGUUAAACCUGCAGAGGACCCCUAAGAUAUCGUGAAGGAUCAAGUAUUAGAGGCAGCGUCAAGUAACACUUGAAAGAGUGAAGAUGAGUGGUGAGGGAGGCAGCAAGGUGGAGGAGCCCAGGAUGGAGUGUGAGGUUGGUGGAGUACAUCAUGUGAUGUAUAGAUGCCCACCCCGCGCACAUAACACCAUACGCACACGAGUUGUGGAGGGAGAAGGUGGUCGGGACGGUCGAGUGUUCCCCUACCUGGCUCACUACCUCGUUACAGGUGACAUGUUAUACCCUGCACACGAGGGAGAGGUGAUGGUGAGUCGACUCCUGCACGAACUCACCAAGCUAGAUCUUGUUGACGACCUGCUACAUGCCCGACCCCUUGCUCUCACUGCCUGUGUGCCCAAGACCCUUCACCGGACCUCGAGUGGAGGUGGAAGGUUGACAGUGGUGGGUGAUGGUCACACUCUGAAGAUCAACACUCGUCGUAGUCCCAGACUAUCUCUCAGCAGCCUCCUCACUCAUCUCCUCCCCGCCCACACGCCCACUUCCACCGUUUAUCGCCCACCAUCUAAUAAGGGAACAACGUUGGUGGUGGUGACAUACACGGUGCAGCGGUCCACGGAGGUAAGGGUGCAAGGGCCAGCCUGGGUACUGAGAAGUGUGUUCCCAGAGGAGGUAGUACACAACACUGAUGCAACCUACCCCCAGCUCGACUCCCACGUCACCCCUAACACCACUGUUCCAGAGCUCCUCAACACAUUAGCCCUCACUGGAUAUCUUCCCACUCUCAGAUCGUCAUGGGUGGAGAGUGGAAGUGGCGCCCUGGUCACACAGUGGCUGGUCUACCGCAAAGGUGUUGGUUCCAGGGCCUCAAUCGCCUCUUCCACUCUAAGAUAUUCAUCUUCCUCUUCCACUAUGCACCUCAGUGACAGCAGAAGUGGUAGAGACAAGAGUGAAGGUGGGGAAGGAACACUAAGGAGCAGACUCAAGACUCGUAGCAAGUCCAUCAUGAGCCUGGCGAGCGAACACACCCAGCGACCAACACUCACUCUUAAGCGGAUCCUCAGUGUCCUCCUCUGACUUGUCUCUAAUACAACAUUUAACAUUAUAUGUAAUAUUUACAACAGUAAUAAUAAUGUUAUACUUCAAUAAUUACUAAAUUAACAAGAUUAUUUUUUAAUUUUAUAUAAAAAAUAAUGGUGAGAAUUCAGGUGCGACUAGAGCUUAGUUUUAAAAUUUAUAUGGAAGAACUAUUAGUACUGAAGUUUUCCUUCGUUUAAAAUUGUACUCAUGACCACCAGAAUGUGAUAUCCAUGAAGAGGCGAGAACGCUUCACAGAGUAAGUGUUUGAUGAAUACGUCCUUCAUGUUACAGAUGUAUACGAACUGCUUAUAACCACAGUAAGAUAUGAUCAAAUUUGUUCAGAUUUUUAACCUGGAAUGUUAGCCACCCAGGAUAACCCACGAAAGUCAUCGAGUACAAUGUCUUGUUCCCCAGGAUGCGAUCCACACCAGUCGACUAACACUCAGGCACCUACUUCUAGGUCAACAGGGACAGCAGGUGUAAAGAAACAUACCCAACGUUUCCACCCAUGCCAGGGAUUGAACCACGGACACUGAGUGUGUGAGGCGAGUGUAUUGCCAACCGAAGCAUGGGGCAAUCGUGGUAUGCUGGGCGAUUAUCCUAAAAAAUGCAGUAUGCCAAGAAGACAUGUACAAAAUAUAUGAAAUGUAUAUAUUUUUGUAUCAUGAGUAACUUUUAGUGCUGCUUAGAGUUCCAUACACAAACGAUGGUCUGAAUACAACAAACUGUAAACUACAAAUACACUUAUGUAUUUUAAGUACUUUUGUUGCUACGUAGGUUUUUUUUCUUAGUUAAAAAUCAUGUGACACGAUUCGAAAGUCAUAAACAUUAUAAGAAGACUCGUUUAUGACCAAUCUCAUAUGUGAGAUUAAUAGGCUUUUAUAAGUAAAACGAAAUAAUGUAGGUAAUGUCUACAUAUUACACUAAAGUCCUUUAUUAACAUAUAUGUACAGUGCAGACAAAGAUAAAGAGAAGUGAUAAUAUAUUAUGUGAAUAUAUAAAGUUGUACUACACGUAUUAAAGCACUUGUUUUAAUACAUUGUAUGUUAAUACUGAAAUAUCAAUAUUGAAAUUUUACCGGUUAUGUAAUUUGUUUAAUUGAAGGGAAUUUGCUAAUAUAUACUUUAUUAUUCUUUUCUUAAACCUAUUUUUGGUCAGCUGAUGUUGUCAUGACAAGCAGGUAUGUAACAUCUCAGGGAUACAAUAUCUUUCCUUUCGUUCUCUUAAUGUUCAUGUAUAGUAUUGUAAUUGACAACAUAUUACGUGGUUACUGACGUAUCUUACUUUUCAAGUUGCUACUUUUAAAAUAGAACUCCCCAUAAAAGAAGUAAUAAAUAUGGAAUUUGUAUCAAGGCUAUAUAUGAUAUAUCG